GGGAAAUCGCUCGCUUCGAACCUGAACCUCGUCCUCGGCCUUUGCCCAUACCAGGAAUCUCUUUUCCAGGAAAAAAAGGAUCGAAUGCAACUACCAGCUGAUUUUUCCAGUCCGAUUACAUCACAACAGUGCAUUGGGUGUAGUUUUGAAGCAACAAUAAUGACAAAACUUCCUAUUUUCGGUCUUGGAACUUACUGUAUGAGAGGUACAGAUACUGUCUACAAAUGUCUUGAUACAGCUUUGAAACAUGGCUAUCGUCUUAUUGACACGGCUGCAGUUUACAGAAAUGAAGAAGACAUCGGUAAUGCUUUGAAAGAGCUUCUCCCAAAAUAUGGACUUGAGAGAUCUGAUAUCUACAUCACAAGUAAACUAGCUCCAGCAGACCAAGGGGAGAAGGCAUAUGAUGCAUGUCUGCUUUCGUUACAAAAGCUUCAGAUAGAGUAUCUUGAUCUCUAUCUCAUACACUGGCCCGGAACUCAGAAACUUAAACCACAUGAUCCCAGAAACACAGAGAAUAGACAUGUCACCUGGAGAGCAUUAGAAAGGCUGCACAGGGAAGGAAAGUGUAAACAAAUUGGAAUUUCCAACUACCUAGUCAAACAUAUGGAAGAGCUUAUGAAGUAUGCGGAAAUUCAACCAGCUGUUAACCAGAGUGAAUAUCAUCCUCUGUAUUUGAUUAAAGAUGUUGUGCAAUAUUGUCAGAAAAAUGGGAUAGCGUUCCAAUCAUACUCAACACUUUAUAAAGGGGAGCUACUGAACCAUCCUACUGUAGUGUCCAUCGCAGAUAAGAUAAAACGAAAGCCUAGUCAAGUCCUCCUCAGAUGGGCGAUGCAGGAUGGCAUAGGUGUGAUACCCAUGUCUGCUAAACCCGAUCAUAUAAUUGAUAACUGUGAUGUAUUUGACUGGUCUCUGUCAGAUGAGGAUAUGAUUGCAUUACAUAGCUUCAACGAGACAAAGAAAUGUACCUGGGAUCCUGUUAAUAUUAUAUGACAAUACAGACAUUCUCAUGUAGGCCUACAGUUUUUAUUCCUUUUCAAAGAUGGAGGAAAAAGUAUUUCCAUGUUCAAAGGAAAAGAGUGUUG